AUGGAGAAAUAUGGCGUAAAACAUAGCGUGGCAACACCUUACCAUCCUCAGACAAGUGGGCUGGUUGAAGUAUCCAAUAGGGAGAUCAAGAGUAUUCUAGCAAAAACUGUAAAUGCAAAUGGGGCGAUUAGGCCCGCAAGCUCGAUGAUGUCACAUGGGCAUGCAGUUGCUUUCAAAACUCCGUUCGGGACUUCACCUUUUCAAGCUUGUGUUCGGAAAAGCUUGUCACUUCUGGUUGGAAUCUUGAGCACAAGGCUAUCAAGCUUAAAUCAAGGUGGUACCGGUCCGUUUGAGGUGGUAGGUGUUUCACCCCAUGGAGCGAUUGAGUUAAAGUCGGGAGAUGGAACUCGGAUGUUUAAGGUGAAUGGGCAGAGAUUGAAGUACUAUCACGGGAUGGUUUCAAAGGAUAGGAUUGUUGAUCGAUACAGGUUGAAGCACCUCAGAAUGAACGAUGAUCUGGUGCAUGCUGAUAAGGAGUGA